CGAGGGCUAGCAAGUUUCUGGAAGGCUCUUGCGCGCGCGCGCCGAGAUCACCUUCUUACCCUUUGACGGAGUCGUUUCGUCACAAAUUGCUGAUUGUUCUCGUAAUGUGUCCGCAGCAUCACCGUCUUCAUCGCCGGACUUGUUUUUGGUCUUGCCGCUAGUGGUGGCAUCGGUGGAACAAAGAACCAUGGCAAUUACAAUCACACUAGCAGCCAGAAUAGCGGUAAAAUUUGGCAAGGGCUCCGCGAAGAACACAAUCCCAAUUAUGGAAGCUGCGAUGGGCUCCGCACUGUUGGCAGCGGCAGCCUGGAGAGCAGAAACAUGAUUUAACGACCAAUUGAUCAUACCCACGGCGAUGGCUCCACACACCACACCCAGAAAGAUGCUACGGGGAAGGUACUCUCGACACGUCCAUCCAAACAAACUAGAGCAGAAGUCGUUAUCGCUGCGGUUAGUGAGGAUCGUUGCGUCGGGAGCUACUAYCGACGCCGACAACGAGAUAACAUCUGACACAUUCAUUGUUGCCGUCAUUGUGAUUGCACAGACUGAAAUAAGAACCAUUGCAACAAAGACACAACCGGGGAGGUGUACGUAGACUGGAACCACACGCCGUGCUUGUCGGCCGCAGGAUAUGUAGGUAGCGUACCCCGCGCUGGCUGCUGCUGCAGCGAAGUCCCCAAUCAGAUGCGAUCGAAAGUCAAUGUCAGAAGCAGAGCUCUCUCCGUGUCUAGAGAAUAUUGUUGGGGAUGUUUUUCCUGUGAUUAUGCCUGUUGCGUCUGCGUCUGCGUCUGCGGAUGUCAUCGAUGAAACAUAGAUGCCCGUCCCCACAACAGUAAGCACAACUCCUAAUGCGUGCUUCCAAUGCACCUCUUCUUGGCUGUCUCCGUUUCCUGUUUUUGCCAGAUGCGAUCGAGAACGAUAGUAUCGAAUGCGAGCCAUAUUGUAUAGAACAAUGAACAGUGGUGCGCAUUGCGACAAGACGGACGCACGAAGCAAAGAAGUUUUUGCCAGAGCGAUACACAGCCCUACGUUGUACAAAGCGUAUCCGCAUCCCGACCAUAUCGUCGCCAUCGGAAGCAGAGAGAGAAUUGCACGAUUCGCUCGGACACACUGUAUGUGACUGUCAUGUUUUUUUCUGGCAUCGAGAUAAAGCAACAAAGUGCUGGGUGCAGCAAGCGCGAGAAAGGUGGUUUGAAGCCUCCAGGAUGCACGUAUUACGGGAUUUACGCUGUUCAGUGAUUUCAAGACGGCGAACAUGGACGAAACAAGAAUUGUUCCAACGCCCAAAACAGUUGGUCCAAUCAUGCUUCCCCUCAUCAUCUCGUUUGGUUUAUUACGCUGUGGUUAGUUGCGUGCGUAUUGCAUUACUGCAUUGGUUAUUGUCAGUAUCACCGUAUCGUUGGGUGAUGUUGCGCCAUCUCGAUAUGGCAUUGUCGCAAGACGAUAUUUAAAAACUCAUUUUGAAGAGUUCAAAAAAAUACUCCCAACAUGCUUCGACGGUUCGCGACCAAAAAUUGGUAACCACGAAUGUUGUACGGGGCAUUCACUUGCGAUUCGAAUACUGUAGGUACGGUACUACUUCUCGAAGUAGAGCGUACCAAAGGUUUUUUUGACAGACUUGCGUCCCGCACGAAAAAGUAAAAAAGUACGAGUACCUUCCCGUAACGUACAACUGAUGUGACAAAAAAAUUCUUCGAGCUUCUUCGAUUUCUUUUUUCCUCAUAAAUCAAGAAUGAAUAUUGUAGUUUCUUGAAGUAGGUGCUUUAAUUAGUGACACGUCUGUGACUAAUUCUUUUUCUUCCCGUAGUACGGUACAGUAUUGGACUUGCGUACUGUAAUUCGUGGGAACAUUACUGUACCAAUAGAUCAACGUAGUUCAAAGUACUAUUACGACAUCGUCUCUAAACCUUCGAGAUCAAAACCGUCUAGACACGGGGCACUACGUCGGGGCACUACGUCGUGUCAACUGCGAUCAUUUUUUUUAUCACAAAGUUCUUAUUCGUUGGGUUCGAAUUCGUUUGUGAUUGUUUUCGUCGAAACUCUUCGCAUAAAAUUCUUUUCGAACCAAAAAAAGAACAACCCACACCGAACCAAAAAAAGAACAACCCACACCGACAUCACUCCCGACAAGCAUAACCCACUAGCCAGAAUUCAUUAUUUGAUACCUUCAUACACUGCAUCACAAGAAUACGAUACAAUGACGCUUUCAUCUACUUGUCAACCUCUCGCAACCUCCUCUGAUAACGCCCUGACUCGACGCCGGAGAACGGCUACUUGGACCAAUGCUCCCGUCGUGAUGGCAAUGCUGACAAACAACAAUCUAUCUAAUUGUCGAGACGUAACGAGCAUGCUUCAAGAAUGCCAUAGAACCGCUUCUACGGAUCAAGUAUGCCUCGCGGCAAUGAAGCGAGUUGAAUCCUGUAGCCUGGAUGGAAGAAUACAUUAACGGGACGGAAGAUGAAAAAGAAACAAAGCAUCUCUGACUGCACCUGCCGUUGUACAUACUAUCAAAUCGUGAUGCACAGCCAUGCUGCAGAAAACCAAUCAUUCUCAAUACAUGGAUGGUUCGCCUUUAAGAUGCUGCAUCACAUCGCUACAGUUCACUUUUGCAAAAAAAAUUGCAAUAUCCAAAACCUGACAUAGUUGGUAAAAUAAUAGAAAAACAUUUUGAACCGAUCGCACUCAGAUUACCUUUCCGACAUUGUUAGUAUUCACUCUUCGGAUUUUCUCGUCUUACAGUUCGUAUGUUGUGAUAGGAUUCAUAUGCAGCAAAGUUUGGAGGGAGUUGACAUGCUUCCAGUCAAAAAUAGAGUUCUGUCAGCACGGUUGAAGUUUGUCGCGGCGUUUUGGUGAUUUGAUUCCCGGAAAACAUCAACGUGAAAACAAAGAUCCGAAGAGUAAAACUACGUGUAAUGGUACACGAUUGUGACAUCAUGCUCGUCAAGGUUAGAAUAGUAUGAGUCGUACGAACACUAGUAACUCGUCGUACUCCUUUUGGCAACACGCGACGGGGAAAAGUUAAUCCAACGAACUGGUCAAACUGAACACUCAACAUUGCAGUAGAAAUGUUAACAAAAACCAAAAAUACGGUAUAUUCCAAUGAUACCAUAAAUUAMGGUACUUUUUAAAAUAUCAUUGAAGUUUGAUUUCCUCUUUUCAGUGAAAAUAAAGCAUGUGUACCGGGGACCGUCUUGCGUCCAUCUCUAACAGGCAUUGGUAAUUGAGAAGAGCUGCAGAAAACAUUCUCAGAACACCACGUCGUUUCGGUAGCUUCGAUACAACUGCUCGAUGAAGCUUGAGAAUUUGGGGACCAUGACGAUAGAAGAAGGYGAUUCUGACGAUAAUUCACUGAGGAGAAGCGAGGCAACACAUGAUAGUKUGUAAGUCACAUAGCGUCUGCUUUUUAUCCUAAAAUCGCCUUUUUCGUUAUAAUGGCUGCACCUAACGUCGGUUUUCAACGAUUGUUCAUCAUUAUUCUCCCUUUGUUCAUUUCGUUUCGAUGUUGUUGUUGUUAUUUAUUGCCAACUACGUUUGCUUCACGCACGAUGUGCAAMUAUCCCUGCCUACAAUUUGCCAACUCUCCAUCAAACUCAUAGUCCAAUCGCGUUUCUAUUCAUCUUGACCUUUGGAAUGUCGGCUUUGAUUUUGGGAUGCAUUCAAAAUUUUGGUUGUUCUACGGUGACCUUUCCACAAGUCAGCACGGCGGUGGACGGUGCGACACUCGGGAGUUUCAACAGCGGCGUUUUUGGAUACGAGUUUGUGGGGGUGGAUUUCAAUAAUCCAUUUGAAGAGUCUUCGACGUCUUCGGAUACAACUACCAACUAUGACGAGAGCGUAAAUUCGAUGGAAAUGUGGGAAGUUUGCCGUAGAUACGGCACGCUCGGAGAGGACAUGAAGCUCGCCGGCGUGGAGACAGAAUUCUCUUAUAAGGGUGCCGAUUACAUGAAGGCAGCUCAGGGAAUGGCAAUCAUUGCCUUUKCAUUGGGGUUGGUCAUGAUGUUGAUCGUUUGCAGCGUUCCGAAUGGUGGAAUCCUUUGCGUCAUGCAAUGGAAAUGCUAUGGACUUUUCUUUUUCCUGACCUCCGUCUUCCAGGGAUUGAGCCUGCUGAUAUUUUCAUCCUCGGUGUGUCUUGACAAUCCAAUAUUGGGAGUGAUCGAUGACAACGAAAAGAUUUUUGGUCGUCUCGGUGAUACAUUUGAGGAAACAUGCGAAAUGGGAAUCGGAGCCGAGUGCGGGAUUGCCUCCACCGUGCUUUGGUUCGUCACGGCUGCAUUGGUGUGUUGCGAGAAACCGCCGGGAAGAUACAAGGAAGARUGCUUGACCCAUAUGCUGCGGGCACACAAACAAGAACUGAUGGCACGUAGAAUGAAAAAGGCGGCGGCACUCGAAGAGUAUCAACAACGACGAGAGCAAACCAACAACAAUGAGCAGUAAACAUUGGUUUCAAAGCGGCGUUAGGUUUCUUGGAUUCCAGAAGCUCGAAUGGUAGCAAUAAGGUAACCUCAGUUUGAGAMCAUGAUGCCUACAAAUAUUUUCUUGUUUCCUACAAGGAGACCACUAAAAAUGCAUAGCAAGGGCACUGUGGGGGUAGCUCAAAAUAUCAUUAUUUUUGUAUUGCUUUUUGAUCAGGAGGAAAAAUACAUAAAACACGAAACCAUAUWCAUGCUCCUCAUGCGAUUCUUACAGGAGAAAUUCGAAGAACUAGACUACAACUGUUUCUUGAUUAUUAAAAGAAAGGUUACUAAAGAGCGUCUACUUCGUUCUAAAAGUUYAUUAAUUUCUUAGGUGACAUCUGUGAAUCGUUCACAACCAUGGGGUUUUAAUAGAAUGUCUAGUGGAAACAACGGAUAUAGAUAAAAAUACAUGUGAAAUAAAUGCUUGUGCAUUGUGUGUCCCAUACCAUGAAGAGUUCAUGGAUGCAUCUACCGAGUUACAGCACGACCUUGAGACCAUAUSGAAGGGGAGGAUAGAGAGGAAGGAUUGUACAUCUCUCUCACCGGUCGUACAAGAUSGUUUUCAGCAGAACCUUUUGGAGCGAAAGCWGAACACACACGUUACGAGACCCUAUAGAAGAAGCGCUCUAAACGAUCGAGUCGGCAUUGAUAUACCGUCCCUCUUCGUCCCUUCGUGGAGGUCGUUCCGCCGASGAUGUGUGUUUUGCCAAGUUAGCAAACAAGUCGAUUCGUUUGUUCAGACUUCCUUUCAGUGGAUGCUUCGCCUCUGUCGCAGUCUUUCUUCUGGGAAUUACAACCGCAGCAAUGACCAUGCCAGCCACAGCCGCAAUACCGAGCAUGAGCCCCACACC